ACUCUGUCACUUCCGCUUGUGAACACACGAAAACGCAGCGAGCUCAACACGCACGUGAGCGCAGAAUCAGCCAAAACACACCGCUGUCAUACAAAAUGGACAUCACAGAGGUCCCCGUGAGUCAGGACAACAAAGGUAAGAAAAAGAAGAACAAGAAACCGAAAAAGAAGAGUCCGGAGGGGAAUGCGGAAAGCAGCGGGGUUGAGAAAGAGGAGGAGAAGAUGGAGAAGAGCGAGCCAGGAGCAGCUGCCUUUCCCCCCACCUUCAGUGUGUCCGAAAUCAAGAACAAACAGCGGAGACACCUCAUGUUCAUGAAAUUCAAGCAGGAGAAAAGAAAGCAAAAGAUGCAGCUUAAAAAAAAGAAGAAAAAAGAAAGGGAAGCUUUAGGUGACAAGGCACCACCAAAAGAGGUCCCAAAGACGAUAGAAAACCAGAGGGUGUUCGACGAGACAAUGGUUGACCCAGAAGAUGAAGAGGUUGCAUUUGACGAGGCAACCGAUGAGUUUUCCGCCUACUUCAACGGGCUGACAAACCCCAAAGUGCUCAUCACAACCUCAGACAGACCAAGAGGGAGGACUGUGAGGUUUUGUGAGCAGCUGGCCACAGUAAUCCCAAACGCCCACGUGUACUACAGAAGAGGUUUGGCCCUGAAGAGGGUCAUUCCUCAGUGCGUCGCCAGGAACUUCACCUACCUCAUGGUCAUCAACGAGGAUCGCAAAAUGCCAAAUGGUAUGGUUCUCUGUCAUCUACCUGACGGGCCGACUGCACACUUCAAGAUCAGCAGUGUUCGACUACGUAAGGAGAUGAAGAGACGAGGCAAAGAUCCAACUGAACACUCUCCAGAGGUGAUCCUCAACAACUUCAGCACACGUCUGGGCCACAGCAUCGGCCGGCUGUUCGCCGCUCUCUUCCCGCAAGACCCCCAGUUUGUGGGUCGACAGGUUGCGACCUUCCACAACCAGAGAGACUUCAUCUUUUUCAGAUUCCACAGAUACAUCUUCAAGAAUGAGAAGAAAGUUGGGAUUCAAGAGCUGGGACCUCGCUUCACCCUCAAACUCCGCUCCCUACAGAAAGGCACCUUUGAUUCAAAGUUUGGGGAGUACGAGUGGGUCCUGAAGCGCCACGAGAUGGAUGCCUGCAGGCGGAAGUUCCAGCUUUGAACGCAGAAUAACAACCAACCUUUGUGGUCAAGACAAGGACCACGUUGUCUAUUGUCCGAGAUAUUACUGCUGUUUGUGGCUCUGCACAAACAGACUUUUAUUGUGGAUAUCCAGAUUCUUAGUGGACGACCAGUGGCAACACUUGUCCUUUCAACACCGAUGACGGGAUUUUAUGAGAUAACACUGCUGUGGAUCGGACACACUCACCCUGAAAAUGACUUCUGUUUUCUGGAGAACAAGUGUGGAACAGGAACCUGUAGCUCAUGGCAAGGACUUUUACCCCCUCUGUUAGUUGGAAGACAUGCAGGCCCUCCACAUGAAUCCCGAUAACCUAAAAAAAUUCUGACCUGCAAGUGUAUGUGAAAGUUGUAAUGGCAGAUGUUCAGUUCCUCUCAAAUUUAAAGUCAUUGUGAGCCUGCCCUGGUCACAGUCAUGCAUGCAGACAUACAGCUGUAUAAUCCUGGUCUGUGCACAUUAUAUAAGGCAAAAAGUGGCCAGUGUCUGGAAAUGGGUAGAUGCUUAUAUCUGCAUAUCUGCAGCUGCUUUUGUAUGCGACAGGACUUUAAAAAUAAUUAUGGAUGACACAUUGAACACCUUCCAGAUUUCCAAAUGUGUAUAUAUAUAUAUAUAUAUAUAUAUAUAUAUAUACUCCUUUUUAAUAAAACAUGUUGCUGCACGAUCAAAAUGUGGAAAUACCAUUUAUUUAUUCUCAAAAUCAGGAAUGAAAAAUUUACAAUUCAAAAGGCACGUGUGUGUGUGUGUGUGUGUGUGUGUGUGUGUGUGUGUGUGUGUGUGUGUGUGUGUGUGUGUGUGUGUGUGUGUGUGUGUGUGUGUGUGUGUGUGUGUGUGUGUGUGGUACUUCUAAGCAAGAAGGUUAAGAAAUUUAUCGUUCUACAUGAGCACCUGGAAAUGUUUGUGUGAAUUUUUACAAAGGCAAAAGUUUAAAAAAAAAAAAACAA